CAACAUCACCCUAAAAUACCUCUCUGUUCUCUCCUGCAGCUGCCCACCGCAUCACUCCCAGUGGUGGUGAAGAUGGGACACGCCUACUCCGGCAUGGGCAAGAUAAAGGUGGAGACGGCCAGUGAUUUCCAGGACAUCACCAGUGUGGUGGCCAUCGCUAAAACCUACGCCACGGCCGAGCCCUUCGUCCACUCCAAAUACGACAUCCGCAUCCAGAAGAUCGGCAGCAACUACAAAGCCUACAUGAGGACAUCCAUCUCAGGGAACUGGAAGGCCAACACAGGUUCAGCCAUGCUGGAGCAGAUCGCCAUGACGGACAGGUAUCGUCUGUGGGUGGACUCGUGCGCGGAGAUGUUCGGAGGUCUGGACAUCUGUGCGGUCAAAGCCGUCCACGGCAAAGAUGGCAAGGACUACAUCAUAGAGGUGAUGGACAGCUCGAUGCCUCUGAUCGGAGAGCAUGUGGAGGAGGACCGGCAGCUGAUCUGUGAUCUGGUCAUCAGUAAGAUGGCCUUCGCUCUGCUGGGAGUGACCACACCACAAACAUCCACGAAGACUCAACCUGGACCGCAGACGACUCAACCGAGACGAGCUCCAGGUGAACAACACACUCAAUCGGCACACGCCAGCGGUGGUCCUCAUUCAGGCUCUGGUUCUCCGUCUCAGUCGGGUCAGGCGUCUCCUCAGCGCGCUCGAUCUGCCACCACCUCUCCCAGUCAGGCCUUCCAGCCCGGGCCCAUUCCCUCCAGCGGAGCCGGAUCCCAGAAACAACCCGCGCAGCUCAAUAAAUCGCAGUCGCUCACCAACACCUUCAGCGAGACGCUGCGUGGAAACCUGACGGACGACGAGGCCAAAGCAGAAACCAUCCGCAGCCUCCGCCAGUCCUUCGCCAGCCUGUUCUCCGACUAACACACACACACACACACUCACACUCACACUCACACACACACACACACACACAC